AUGAAGUCACCCCCCCCUCCUGCAAACUAUGGCCCGAAAUACUGCGGGUUCGGGGUUCGCUGCCUCCGAGCUGCCAGAUUAUCUAACCUGUCGUUUCCUGAUGCCUUUAAAAAAGAAGAAAAAGAAAAGAAAAAGCCCAAACCAAAGCAGAUUGCACACACACCCUUCCCCCACGCCUGUCCAAACGUGCUCCCGGUGAAAUCGGGGAGUGUGGGGCGGGGGUCCCGCAGCUCGGGCCGGGGAGGCGGGGAGCGGACACUCCACCGCCCCUUCCCGCUCCCUCGGUCGCCUCCCUUUCCCCCCCACCCCGGGCCACCCCCGUCCCCCCCGUCCCCGGGACCCUACCCGGGCCGGCGGCUCCCGCGGCGGUCCCUCCGCAGGACCAGCAGCAGGGCCCGGCGCGGCGGCCGAUGCCGGCCCAGCGCCCCGAGGAAGCAGCGGAGGAUGCACCAACGCAGCGCCCGGGCCCGGCGGCGGCUGCGGACUCCGCGCCGAAAGCGCAGGGUGCACCUUAUCCGGGAGGACAUGAAUAAUGCCAAAGAUUUUGAUGGAGAAGUGGCAGAUGCCUCUGAGAACAUAUUUGAAACCACAAUAACAUUUUCUGAAGAAGCAGAAUGUGAUAAUAAGCUUAGUCAAAAUCCUGGUUCAGCUUCAGGGACUGGUCAGCCUUCAUAUGCUUAUGAACCAAAGAGGGCUCGGAGCUACCAGACAGAACUUGCACAGCCUGCUAUCAGUGGGAAGAACACACUGAUCUGUGCUCCCACAGGGUCUGGCAAAACAUUUGUGGCACUUCUGAUUUGUGAACAUCACUUCCAAAACAUGCCUGCAGGGCAGAAGGCGAAAGUUGUCUUUCUUGCAACCAAAGUGCCAGUGUAUGAACAACAGAAGAAUGUGUUCAAGCAGCAUUUUGAAAGAAGUGGAUACUCUGUUCAAGGAAUGAGUGGUGAAACGGUUGCAAAUGUCUGUGUAAAAAAGGUUAUAGAGGACAGUGACAUCAUUGUGCUGACGCCCCAGACUCUUCUGAAUAUCAUGGAGGAAGGGACCUUCAGUUCCCUCUCUAUCUUCACCCUGAUGAUAUUUGAUGAGUGUCACAACACUACGGGCAACCACCCUUACAAUGUGUUAAUGGCCAGGUAUCUUGAAGACAAAUUCAACUCCUCUGCCAAGCAGCUACCCCAGAUCAUAGGUUUAACAGCUUCUGUUGGAGUUGGUAAUGCCAAGAGCGUCAAGGAGGCAAUAGAGCACAUCUGUGUCCUCUGCUCCUACCUUGACAUACAGGCCAUAUCCACUGUCAGAGAGAACAAAGAUGAGCUGCAGAGACUCCAAAACAAGCCAGAAACACAUAUCAGACUGGUUAAGAUGCGGGUUCAGAAUCGCUUUGCAGACAUUGUCUCUGGUCUGAUGUGUGAGACAGAGGCACUGAUCAGAAGGAUUUACUCAGUGGAUACUAUCUCUCAAAUCAGCAGGAGUGACUUUGGGACACAGAGAUAUGAACACUGGAUAAUUGCCACUCAGAAAAGAUGCAGGCUGUUGCAGCUGGCAGAUAAGGAGAAGGAGAGCAGCAUUUGUAGACACCUUUUCAUUUGCACGGAACACCUGCGGAAAUACAAUGAUGCUCUCAUCAUCAGUGAAGAUGCACGCAUUGAAGAUGCUUUAGCCUACUUAAAUGAGUUUUUCACAAAUGUGAAAAACGGACCAUACACAGAGAUAGAGAAACAACUGACGAACAAAUUUCAAGAGAAAGAACCAGAACUGACAGCCCUCUCAAAAGAUGAAUCCAAUGAUAAUCCCAAGCUGGAAGAGCUUGCUGCCAUCCUGGAUGAAGCAUACCGCUACAAUCCACAGACUCGCACACUUCUCUUUGCUAAAACAAGAGCCUUAGUAGCUGCUUUGAAGAAGUGGGUGGAUGCAAACCCUCUACUGAGCUACAUAAAAUCAGAUGUGUUGAUGGGUCGUGGACGAAGAGAUGAAAAAAAAUGUAUGACCCUCCCAAUGCAGAAGGUUGUACUGGAUACAUUCAAAACCAACAAAGAUUGCAGAUUGCUCAUUACUACAUCUGUUGCUGAUGAAGGCAUAGAUAUUUCUGAGUGCAACCUUGUGGUGCUCUAUGAAUACUUUGGGAAUGUCACCAAAAUGAUCCAAGUCAGAGGUCGUGGAAGGGCAAGAGGCAGCAAGUGCAUCCUUGUAACAAGCAAAACAGAAGUGGUUGAGAAUGAGAAAAUGAACCAUUUUAGGGAAGAAAUGAUGAAUGAAGCUAUUGAAAAGCUGCAGAAUUGGAGUGAAGCAGUAUUUGCAAAAAAGAUACAUGACCUGCAAAUGAAGGAAAAGGUAUUACGAGAUUCCAGGAAGAGAGAAACGAGACCUAAGGUAGUGGAAGGGAAAAAAAAUCUUCUGUGUGGAAAAUGCAAAGCAUAUGCCUGCAGUACAGAUGACAUCAGAGUUAUAAAGGAAUCUCAUCACAUUGUCCUUGGAGAUGACUUCAAGGAGCGUUACAUGACAAAGCCACACAAGAAACCAAUGCAGUUUGAUCUCUUUGAGAAAAAAAGCAAGAUGCAUUGUCAAAACACCAGCUGCCAGCACGACUGGGGAAUCAUAGUGAGGUACAAGAUGUUUGAUGAUCUACCAGUGAUCAAAAUCAAAAGCUUUGUUGUAGAGGAUGUUAAAACUGGGACACAAAUAGAUUUUCAGAAAUGGAGAGAUAUUAAUUUUUCUUUGAAGAAUUUUGAUGAUGAAGAAAUGUCCAGAUGAACUCAGCAUUUUAAUGCACAUUUAAUCAUACAGCACAAAGCUGAAAUAGGGGAUAAUCUGUUUCUGUGUAUAAACACUUCAUCUGUAUGCUGCCUAAUAUGCUAGGACCCUCACCAGCACCUGGCCAAAAAAUUCUAGUAUGGCCAUUAAAAAAAAAAAAAAAGUGCUAUCUAAUGAUGUUUUUCACUAUAACUUUUAAUAUAGGCAUGGACAAACAUGUGCCCAAGCUUCUAGAUCUUGAUCUUCGCUGCUAUGAAGUAGUUAGUCUGAAAAAAAUAAAAUCAAGUUGAAUGACUAACUAAACAUCUCAUUUUAGGUAACAGGCCACAACUUCAAACAUUUCUGUUUGCAUCAGAAUCUUCUUUUUUUUUUUAACUAGCAACUUCUGACUGGGUUGUGCCUGCAAGCAAACAAUGUGGCUGAUGCGUACUGGUGCUUCAAGCACCAACUUAGUUACUAGAAAAGUAAUUUUUAAAAAGCUUUAAAUGUUCUGGGCAAUUUGUUAUACAGAAUGUUAAAAGGAAAUAUCCAGUAACCUUUCUGUAAGGAAAAUAAUCACAUCUUUUCAAUCCACCUUUAAUAGAGAAUGCUUCUGCAAGAGUCUCAAAAGAGCAGUAAGGCUUUUCAAAGAGCCCUUGUGGAGGAGGGCAUCUUCUGGACCUAAGUGGUAGCAUGGUUUUCUUCUAGCACUGCAUCCUUGUCACAUUGCUGUUGCUGAAGUUGCAGAAUGGACACUUUUUAAGGCGUUGCCUUAUGGAACAAGCCCCAAGGGGGACAAAGCAGUGCCCUGCAAAAAAGGGGAAGGCUUAACUCACAUGGUGAUUAGCAUUUACCCUGAUGUCCUGUCUCUUGAAUUGGCAUCUGAAAAUUCUCAAGGCACUAACAUUAAUUCUGCAGAUUUCCUGUCAGAGCUGAUCUAGAAUUGGAACAAAGUGUUUAAAUCCUUGCCCACCCAGAUCCCAGACAUCUCUCAGAAAAAAAAGAAAAA